UACUCAGCUGGUCUUCUAUUCGACAAAACAUGCUUGGUUGUUUUUCGGCCAGCUCUAAGCGGAACGGCAAAAACUGGCUUUUCAAUUUCCAUGGGGGCGGGCCUCAUAAGUUUUUCUGAAACGUGGGGCAUUGAGUGGUUAAUCCUGAGCGGCAUGCCGCAGUUUUCAGGCUUGUAGUAAUUGAGCAUAUUUUGUCGUGAUGAUGUGAAACACAAUUCUUGCCAUUAAGCAUUAAGAAGUCGUUCCAGCCUGAGCUUUGUCAAAUCGUGGCUUAAGCAUGUUGGGACGAGCUUGGACUCAUUGCGGUGAGCUACGCCUACUGGCCGGCCUUACAAACCGUCGCGGUUUGAGCACUCGGACGUCCGAGAUGGUCAUCCCAUUAGCCCAAGGUCCUCCACUCAUACUUAGUUGCGGUCAACUAGCCAAAAUGGCGGAUGGGAGUGCCGUGAUGCGGCAGGGUGACACCUCCGUGCUGACCACGGCUGUUUGUCCGGAGGGUUCGGCUACUGCCGAUUUACAGUUUGCCUCGUUCGUGCCGUUGACGGUCAAUUACAAGCAGAAAUUUGCCGCCGCCGGUCGAAUUCCCACCAACUUCUUGCGCCGAGAAAUGGGCGUGUCGGAAAAGGAAAUUUUAACGGCUCGCAUGAUUGACCGCUCCAUCCGUCCACUCUUCCCAUCGGGCUUUGGCCAAGAAACUCAACUCGUGUGCAAUCUUUUGGCCGUGGACGGCGUGCAUGACCCGGCUGUCGUCGCCAUCAAUGCCGCCUCGGCCGCUUUAGCCGCGUCCAACAUUCCCUGGCACGGACCGGUCGGGGCUGUGCGGGUGGGUUGGGUGGAUGGGGUGCUCGUGCUGAAUCCGACCCGCAAGACCCUGGCUCGCAGCCAACUCAACCUGAUUGUGAGUGGCAACGCCCGGGGUGAGGUGAUCAUGUUAGAGGCGGAAGCUCAGGCCGUCGAUCGAGCGCUGGUUUUAGACGCCAUUCAUUUAGGAGCCGAGAGUGCCGGACUCAUAGCUCGGAGCGUGGCUGAUAACACCCGAGAUGUGGUCAAACGUGCAUGCCAUUUCCGAUCCGAACUACCCGCUGAUGUGAUCAUGGAUAUGCGAACUUUGUGCUAUGAACCCCUCAAGGCCGCUAACCUUGAUCUGUCGCACGACAAACAAUCCCGAGGCGUGGCGACUUUUGCUAUUCGUGAUCGAGCUGUGGCGCAGCUCCGCGAGAAAUACCCCAUGCAUGACACCAGCCUUUUUCACGCAUGUUAUACCCAACUCUACGGAGAUUUGAUCAAAGACCUCUUGUUCGACCGUCAGACACGGGUAGACGGCCGAGCAUGGGAUCAGAUUCGACCCAUUGUGUGUGAGCGUGACCUGCAUAAACCUUUGCACGGAUCGGCUUUGUUUCAACGCGGUCAAACCCAAGUGUUGUGUACGGUAGCUCUCGAUUCGCCCGAAUCCGCGCUCAAGGCUGAUUCCUUAUCCGUCAUGACCGGUGGCAUGAAGGAGAAGAACUUUUUUGUCCAUUAUGAAUUCCCUCCCUAUGCUACCAACGAAAUCGGACUAUCCACGGUUGGUCGCCGAGAAUUGGGUCAUGGGGCUUUGGCUGAAAAGGGGCUACGGGCUGUGAUUCCAUCAAAUUAUCCCUUCACCAUUCGACUCACCUCUGAAGUGCUUGAAUCCAAUGGUUCAUCUUCUAUGGCAUCGAUCUGUGGCGGGUCUUUGGCCCUUCUGGACGCUGGAGUGCCCUUGACUCAGUCGGUCGCAGGCGUGGCUUUAGGACUAGUCACCGAAUACGAUAAUGAUGAAAUUAAACGCCAUCAAGUACUUGUAGAUAUACUUGGACUGGAAGACUACUUAGGAGACAUGGAUUUUAAAAUGGCUGGGACCAAAGACGGGGGCAUCACUGCAUUACAAGCUGAUAUCAAGAUUCCCGGUUUACCACUGCAUAUCGUGGAUGAUGCAGUAGGAAAAGGAGUGAAAGCCAUAGGUCGGAUCCUAGAUAUUAUGUCAACUUGCAUCAAAGAACCUCGAACAGAUAAAACGAAUUUGCCUGUGACAGAGGUGCUUACCAUUCCUGCUCACAAACGAACUAGCUUUAUUGGACCAGGAGGACGAAAUCUCAAGAAGAUGCAAACCGAAAUAGGCGUUCAAAUCUCUCAAGGGAACGACGAAUCAUCAUGGACGAUUUUCGCACCUAACGCCGAGUCGUUGGCCGAAGCUCACGAGAUGAUAGAGCAACUUAUGACAGACGACUAUGCUCCCGAGUAUGAGUUUGGCGCCAUCAUCACAGUGAAAGUACUAGAGAUCAAAGAGCGAGGUGCUAAUGUGGAACUGCAUCCGAAUCUGUCUCCAGUGUUCAUUCCCUUGACACAACUCGCCGCUCAAAAAUUGCAACACACAAAUGCGCUCGAUCUGAAAGUGGGUGAGGAAUUACAGGUGAAGUAUUAUGGCCACGACCCUGUAACGGGAUCGGUCAGGUUGUCCAGAAAAGCCCUUCUGUUGGCCAAUGCGAGUGCAGUUCGAAGGUUACAGAAAUCUGCUCGUCACUCGGAAAAAGUUAUUUAAGAAUACAUUCAGCCAAAUAUCAAGGGGAGAGUAUUGCCCAGGAUUGUACUUUUGUCUCGGCUAUUCACCCCCUUUGUUACAUAAAAACGUCAUUAUUUAUACGAGU